GGAACUUUUGAUAGCAUAAGCACAUUUUACUGAUCACAUACUGCUGUAAUUUUUAUUCAAGUAGAUAUUUGAAUCCAGGACUUUCACCUGCAGUAGACUGAUUUUCCACAGCCAUGUUGAUAUUUUAAUUAAAAAUGACCUGAAUUCUGACUUCAUCAACUUUUAUUCACCACAGGGAAUUAAAACCAUCACAACUGGCCAUGCACAUACCGCUGCUAAUCAGCACAAUGAUGGCAUUUCCCACAAUCAGUACACUUUACAGUUAUUUUUUAUGAAUGCAAUAUGUAUUUUGUGAAUUUUUGGUGCCAUCAUUUUAAUCAAACAUGUCAAAUCGAUCGGUUCCAGACAGGACGUGAAACAGUUAACUUUCAGCGCUUGCUUCCUCCCAGCUCCAUGCACUGGACUAUGAAAUAUUUGGAGGACAAUUGGUUAAGUGGAGUUAACCGUCGCCUUUUCUCCCCGAGGUAUCUUCCUUUUUGAUCCCGCCGAGUCUGGCGCCUUGCAAAACACAACUUGUCUGGCUUAUUAAAGAGUUUGACCUGGAGAAAGAAAACGCCCGUUGCUCCUCAACUGCGGCCAUUGUGCAACGAGAAGAGCUCAUGACAGGCUUUAAAUUGCCAUAAUGCUGUGUGACCAGAGUCAUAGCUGACCAGCUUCUACCCUGGCUGCGCACGUUGCCUUAUCUGGUGUGAUUCUCAGUUUAUUUGUGAUAAUCGUUUUUAUUUGUACAGUUUUACACGUUUAUUAUUUAAUAUCAUUUAAUGUUAUGUUCCUGUGUUAGGCUAUAUUUUAAUAUGUGACUUCGACAUAUGUUAAUUUUGUUCAGUUUUCUGUGAUUAAACUGUUACUUUGAUUUUGGACAUUAGUUGUGUAUCUUUAGUUUCUGCUCAGCUUCACAUUAGGAGAGUAAUUCAACGAAUAGUACCAAUGCAGUGUCCGGCUAAUGGAUGUAAAUGGCCAAGUCAGUCCUCCCCACUGGUUAAUUGCGCUGAAAUUGGUCUAAGCUACUUUGUAGGAUCCAUCAAUAGUCGUGCGCCGCAAGGGGUCUGUAUGAUUAACUUCUCCUUUCUUUCAAAGGCCUCUUGAUGAGCCCUGAAAGGCAGCGGACCAAUCAGAAUCGCACUCGCAGACGUCACGAGGCCAUGUCGACGAAUUGAUUGGUGGGAGCGCGGAGGGGGACCUGCCCCUGUCCUUUUAUAGGCUACCCCGUCCAGCGCGUAAAAGCUUCUGGGCACCUCCGAAAGCGUAGAGACGCAUAUUGGACAUUGUAGACCCCCCAUUCCUCUAAUCGCGUCAUACGGAGGUGCAUGGCCCCAUCCCCUUGUGUCAUGAUGAAUCCUGUGCAGGGGUCUCCGUCCCAAGACGCCAAACAGCUUCAUCAAAAAGAGGAGACGGAUACAGAGGGAGAGGAACUUCAGCCUAAAGACAUGUCCACUGAGAAAGGAUACAAAGUACAGCGGAGCACCCUCCCGUUUAGCGUCGAGUCGUUGAUUUCCAAGAAGAACACCUGUCGGACUUCUUAUUCUCCGUCAGAUUUAACUCUGGCUCUGACCAAGCCUGUAGCGGAGCAGGGCGCGCAGUUCUCUCCAAGGACUUUUUACGCGGAGAGGAAGGUGUCAGCGGAGAGCUCGCAGGGUGUUUCUAGUAGUUCCAGCGAGGACAGUCCGAAGUUUUGUGAGAAAGAUCAGAACACUUGGUUCCAGACGUCCUCCUUCUCUACUCCUCCUCGGAGCACAAGUCCAACUCAAUGUACUUUAAGGAAACACAAAAACAACAGGAAACCUCGAACACCCUUCACUACCUCUCAGCUGCUGGCGCUGGAACGCAAGUUUCGUCAGAAGCAAUAUCUCUCCAUCGCAGAGAGAGCCGAGUUCUCCAACUCUCUCAACCUAACGGAGACUCAGGUCAAAAUUUGGUUUCAAAACAGGAGGGCCAAAGCCAAGAGACUCCAGGAAGCCGAGUUGGAAAAGUUUAAACUGGCCUCCAAGCCCGUCCUGCCUGCCUUCGCGCUGCCGUUCCCCCUCGCAGCGCAUAUGGGCUCUCCAUCAUGGGGUCAGUCGAGCGCCUUCCCCAGGCCCAGUCUGCCGGUGCCAGGACUCUUCAGUGGACCCGUCUCUUAUGGGAUGUACUAUUUGUCUUAGCAUUCCUGUAUGUGUUUAUGGUUUUAAGAGAAAAAUAAUGUCUUCUGAUCACUGUGGCAAUACACAUAUGAAUGAGGAUGAUCUCUCGGGAAACCGUUUUUGUAUUUUGAAUUUGGAACUUAGAUAAGUGUUUCUAACUUCAGAACAAUAAAACAAUUAAAAUUUCGGACAUAUUUUGAUAUACACUUGUGUGCGUUAAUGGACCAAAAUUUUUCACUUGCUAUCCUUAUUUUAAGAUAGUGUCCAGUGUUGUGGAUUGUGGAUCCAGGGGCAUUAGGCAAAACUCCAAAUUAGAUGUAAGGUUUUUUAACCAACAUGCCUUAAUCAUUCCAGUCCACGCACCGUGCUCCCCAGUUCGGCAAACUGGGCAUUGAAGGGGUGUUCAGACACGAAGGCAAUAAUCGACUGAAGCAGAGGGAAAAUACUUAAAGCCAACAGAAAAGUACUUAAACUGUGUCAGUGCCUUACGACCAGUGUAUCACUUAAAGUACUUCUCCUCUUUCAUCAUGGGCUGUUUUCUGCAAUCAUCGAGUAAAACCGCCGUUUCUCAGAGUUGUUGUUGAAUGUCUGCAUUUCCUUAUAGCAGGUCAUGUCGCGAUUUCUGUAUUUUGUAAACAUGGAGCAAAAUUAUAUUUUAGAAACCAUGUAUAUUAGAUCGGUUCUUACUCUCACAACGUGACUUUUGUGGGAACGUUAGUAGAUUGUUUUUGAGGAAUUUUACUAAAUGUAAAUAAAAUGUGUAGUGUUCAUGAAGCUCUGCAGCCUCACUCGAAGAGCGGCAGGGAAAUGGUAUUUAUUGAAUAUCUUUGUAUCUGUACUGUGUACACACAUCAGUCUAUCUAAAUGUUCAGUAACGUGUAAAAACUGAUUUUAGUAAAUAAAUAUUA